AUGAGCACAGAGAAAACAUCUUCCACCAUAGCCCCCUCGACCCAGUCCGGGCGUCAUAUCAGUCCCUCUCCUCAUGGCCUCAGACAACGGCCUCUUGGGAGAUCCGCAGCCUUUGCUGAUGGAUAUGCACAAUUAAAUCGAAGGCGGAGUUCAUUCCUUUCUGAGACUCUGUCUGAAACGCGCAAAUCAUUGCGCUCAUCCACCGACGACAUAUUCUUACCUAGAGCCAGAGGAGAAAAAGAUUUUCAAGAUCAGGAUGACGCUUCUCAUUGGCAUUCCUUGCCACUUGCACUGGCAUUGUUUCCUGCCGUUGGUGGUGUAUUCUUCAAGAAUGGCAGUGCUUUCGUUACUGAUGUUACUCUGCUGGCAUUGGCAGCCAUAUUCAUGAACUGGGCCCUUAGAUCACCAUGGGAUUGGUACCGCGCCGCACAAAGUUCUAUCAUACUCGAACCCAUCUCGCCAUCCGCAAUUUCGCCUAUCGAAGAACACGAAGAGUUUGACGAGUCUUCCACUAAUCCUGCUCUCCCAGAGACAACAUCUCCAACGAAAGCCAGCCCCAGACCAAGUCUGAGACUUCCCCAAAUGCAGAAUGUCGAUGCUGCUUCUGCUCAAAGGGAGCUGCGUCUUCAUGAAAUGAUGGCAUUGUUCGGUUGCUUUGCCUGCCCUUUGUUGGCUGCCUGGCUCUUGCAUGCGAUCAGGUCGCAACUCACUCGUCCUUCUGAGGGAUUGGUAUCCAACUAUAAUCUUACCAUAUUCCUCUUAGUUGCUGAAGUGCGACCACUAGCUCAUUUGAUCAAACUGAUUCAAAGAAGAACGUUUUUCUUGCAGAGGCGCGUCAAUGCUGAUGUCCUUUCGGAAACAAGGCAAGCGGAUACGCAACAGGUCCUUGACAUUACGCAUCGAUUGGAAGCGCUAGAAGUUCAUGUGGCUGAUAGAAUCGCUAGCUCUGGAACCCAGGACUCUGAAAGCGGUGAAGCUCUUGCUGCUAAGGCUUCUAUUUUGGCGACUGGUGAGGUGAAGAAAUUGAUCCAACCUGAACUCGAUGCUCUCAACAGAGCGAUGCGUCGCUAUGAAAAACGAACAGCUAUCUCGUCUGUACAAAUAGAGGCAAGACUUCAGGACUUGGAAGCUCGCCUGCAGGACGUGGUUGCGCUUGCCGCUGCUGUCCAGCGUAAUGCCGAUCGUCAAUCAACAAACUAUGCAUCGACUCUGCUCAAUUGGGUGUCUGCGUUCAUUGUUGUUCCAAUGCAAUAUUUGAUGUUCCUCUCAAGUCUUCCGGCAAUGCUGUUUUCGAGCAUCAUUGCCGUACCGAACAGAUAUAUGACCAAACCCACAAAGAGUCCCCCCGUGAAGGAGCAUCGGAAUUUGCGCAAAGGCUUGUUUGGUAAGACAAUUGAGCACGAGAAGAGGUCAAAACAAACAUGA